CCGGCUACUUAGUAUUCCUCUCUUUCACGGCCUUAUCGAAAUAUGACGAAGGGAACAUCCAGUUUUGGUAAGCGCCAUAACAAGACACACACUCUGUGUGUGCGCUGUGGCCGUUCAGCAUACCACAUUCAGAAGAAGCGAUGUGCUUCUUGUGGCUAUCCAGCGGCGAGAACUAGGAAGUUUAACUGGAGCAUCAAAGCGAAUCGAAGAAAGACAACCGGAACUGGCCGUAUGCGCCACCUCAAAGUACUUUAUCGCCGCUUUAAAAAUGGAUUCCGUGAGGGAACUCAGGCCAAGUCUCAGAAAGGAAGGGGUGGAGCAGCCCCUGCUUCCAGUGCUGCCAGCCAAUAAGAAAAUGUACCCGUAAUAAAACAGUUUCUUCCAUCAAUGAAA